UAUAAUGAAAUGCUAACGGAUGUUAACAGUCAGCUAACAGAACUAACAGAAUGUUAUAACUUGAUGUUAGGUGAUGGUUAUUUUCUUCAAUUCGUAUAGGUGAGGGGCUAAAAAUGUUAUAAUAUAAGAUGAGAGGUUAAAACCUACUAACUUUAUAAGGUGAGGGGUUAAAAUCUACCAACUUUGUAAGAUAAAGAGCCUAAAGUGUCACGUUAUAAGAUGAGGGCUAAAAUCUAAUAACUUUAUAAGUGACACUCAAAGAAGAGUUGCUCAAUGCUACCUGUACCUGUAUCACAAAAACAGCGUUUCAAGAUUCUCAACUCAACUGUCUUACCUCUUGACGCCAACAAGGCUUGCGUCAUUGCCCCCUCCGUUUUCAUUUCGAAAUAUAUUUGGUGUCUCCAUAAGAACCCGAUCUGGGUUCUCCUGGAGAACGCAGAUCAGGUUCUUACCAAGAACCCAGAUUGGGUUCUGAAGAAGAACCCACAGGUUCGCUUAGUAAGAACUCGAUCUGGGUUCUCUGACUUUAAGCUACGCCACCUGGGUGAUUCUCUGUUUUCUGGAUUUUUUCUGUUUUCUGGAUUUUUUGUGUUUUCUGGACUGGGUUUUUGUGGGUAUGAUAAUGGCGGUGAAGGACGAGUGGGUGAUGGUGGCGAUGACGGACGACAGGGUGGUGGUGGAGUUGUUGGUCAAGCUGAAGCAGGAGUAGGCGGCGCCACCGGCUCGGAAAUCUGCGAUGGAGAACCCAGUUACAGCGUUGUUGUUGCAACCCACGAUUGGGGCAACAGAACAUGAAGAUAAGCAGAGGCAGUAAUAGAAAAUUGAGAUUUGUUUUUUCUAAAUUUAAUUGUGAUUUGAUUCUUGUAAUGAAAUUCAUAAGAUUGUAGAAAAUUUUCGUUAAUUCAUUUCAUUUGCAGGUAAUUGAAAUAUGGGUUUGUUUCAAAAUGAUCAGUUAGAAUUAUCUUGUGGUGUUAGCUGUUUGGUUUCUGAGAAAAUAAAAGAAAUAAAUGUGAACUGAUUUU